AUGCCAGCAAGGAGAGAUAGUCAUGGUGCUCUGUACUGGUCUGUCCCAUUGUGUCUCUGGUGCAUGUGUUUCUCAUUUCUUAUCAGACUGUGCCAUUGUUCUCCUGUUGUCUUACUUUGAAGCAGCAAGGGGUAACUUAAUUACCUCUCUGCUAUAAUUAACAAUGUAGACAUUAGGGAGUUUGUUUCUGUUGGUCCAGUCACGUUGAGCUGUCAUAUAAUAAGUGAAGAUGUCAAACCAUUUACUCCUGAGAAAACCAAGGAAAUUGUGAUGUCUCUACAGCAACCUGCAGUCUUCUGUAACAUGGUUGGCAACUGGCCAGCCCUGCACUGGAAUGUGAAAUACCUUUCUGCAGUGUUGGAGGGAAAGACAAUCCAGUUUAGGCUGGGCCUGAAGACGGUGGAUUUAGUUCCCCAGUUUGAAACCAGCUGCAGCUAUGUGGAAGCUACACUUGGGGAGUUUUUGGCUUGGAGUUGUGGGCAGCCUUCUUGUCUCUCUGGACCAUUCAGUUGUUACGAUUACUCCAAAUACUGGGCUUAUGCUGACUACAAGUACGUUGCCAGGAUAUUUGAAGACAAGCCAGAAAUUUUCCAGGAUGUUAGGUGGUCUGACUUUGGUUUUCCUGGAAGAAGUGGAAAAGAGAGCACACUGUGGAUUGGUUCUGAAGGAGCAAACACCCCCUGCCAUUUGGACUCCUACGGCUGCAACUUAGUGUUGCAAGUACAAGGAAGGAAAAGAUGGCACCUCUUCCCACCUGGUGACACCAGUUUCCUUUAUCCUACUAGGAUCCCUUAUGAGGAAUCCAGCAUAUUCAGCAAAGUCAACAUUGCCAACCCUGAUCUGAAACGCUUUCCUGAGUUUAGGAACGCAACAUCCCAUGUUGUUACCCUCAGUCCAGGACAGGUCCUGCUUGUUCCAAGGCACUGGUGGCACUAUGUGGAAUCCAUUGAUCCUGUCACUGUCAGCAUAAACUCUUGGAUUGAACUGGAUGCAGAUCAUGAAGCCCGUGUAGAAGAGGCAAUAACUCGAAUGCUGGUAUGCGCCAUAAAAUCAGCAGAAAAUCCCAGUGAUGGAGAUCUCUGGCUAAAUCCCACGGAGGUUGAGGCAACAUCCCAUGAUAUCAAUCUUCAGUACCUGAAUAAAGCACUGUCUGCAUACCUCAAGUAUCAGGAGACAAGUGUGUCAGAACAGGCACGUUCCAGCAGCACCGGUGCAAAGCAGAGGACAAAUGCCUCGUGCAAGAGGAAGAGAAGGGAAGUUGGCUGUGAACCAGGGAGCUGCACAUUACUAGCCCAGGAAUGUGACUUCUCAACACCCAAAGCAGAAGAGCUGCAGAAAAUACCUUUUGGGCCUCAUCUUAUUCAGGUUUUACCACAGUCUCACAAAAGAAGCGUGAUGGGUGCAGUCACCAUUGAAAGUGACGGUGGAGAUCUUCUCCGUAAAAACGAAGGAGAACAUUUUGGAAAAUUCAACUCUGAGAGGGAGAGAUUGCUAAUGAGUAAUGACUGUGAGACAGCUGCACAUCAAAUGGAUUCAGACUGCGGUCCACGCACCUCACAAACAGCCCUUUCUACCAAUGACUUGUUAGACUGUCUGGUUAAUCCUCAUGUCAUCAGUUUAGUGGCUCAGCUACUGUUGGAGAGAAUGAGAGUGUGA